AUGGGAAAGCUGGACUUGUUCCUUCGCUUCCUCCUGGGUCUUUCACUGCAGACCAAUCAGACUCUCCUACGAGGCCUGCUGACACAGACAGGAGGUAGCUCAGAGACCAAUCAGGAAACUGUCCAGUACAUCAAGAAGAAGUUCAGGUCAGCUCUGGUCUUCAUCUUACUGUCAUCAGAAAAAAAUCUGGAUGUUGUUGACCUGCAGAAAUACUCUGCUUCAGAGGAGGCUCUUCUGAGGCUGCUGCCAGUGGUCAAAGCCUCCAACAAAGCUCUGCUGAGUGUCCCUGAUCUCUCAGAAAGAGGGUAUGAAGCUCUGUCCUCAGUUCUCAGCUCCCAGUCUUCUAUGCUGAGAGAGCUGGACCUGAGUAACAGCAAGCUGCAGGAUUCAGCAGUGAAGCUUCUUUCUGCAGGACUGAGAAGUCCACACUGUAAACUGAAAACUUUGAGACUCAGUCACUGUCAGUCCUCAGAGAGAGGCCAUGAAGGUCUGCUCUCAGUCUUCAGCUCCCAGUCCUAUAGUCUGAGAGAGCUGGACCUGAGUAACUCUGACCUGCAGGAUUCAGGAGUGAAGCUUCUGUCUGCUGGAGUGAAGAGUCCACGCUGUAAAAUGAAAACUCUCAGUCUGUCAGGCUGUCUGAUCACAGAGGAAGGCUGUACUUCUCUGGCCUCAGCUCUGAGCUCCAACCCUUCCCAUCUGAGAGAGCUGGACCUGAGCUACAAUCAUCCAGGACACUCAGGAAUGAAGCUGCUGUCGGCUGGACUGAAGGAUCCAGGCUGGAGACUGGACACUCUCAGGUAUGGAGAGAAUAUCUGAUAGAGGAGGAAGAGCUGGAAACAUUUCCUGUGUCCUUCACUCACUUCCUGUUUGUUUCCUGCAGAUGAGACAUGAACAAUCACACAUGCAGGAAUAUUUUCAGGGACAGACACACUAGUCUAGCUGGAUAGUACAUGGAUAUUUAUGUAGGGGGUCUCCAAGGAGUCUGUUUGCAGGAACAUCCAUGAUAACUGAUAAGUCAU